CACUCACCAACCCCCCCAUCCACAGUUUACUCUGAGGUCCAGCCCCCUCUCAGUAGCACUCAGUGCCAGAUCUCAGGGAGGUAUUGUCCUUCUCACAGCAGCUCGCAUUACUGAGCUGAAAGGCAGAGAGGCAUGGGUUGGGGGGAGAAUGUUCCUGUGCUGGGGUUGAGGACGGGGCUGAAGAUGGGGCAGUGUCUGGGACAGGGUUCGCUGGCCCUGCUGUACUGCCUGGCCCUGUGUCCGGGGACCAUCCAGGGGGACAAGGUCUUGGUGAUGCCUGUAGAUGGGAGCCACUGGCUGAGCAUGAAGCUGCUGGUGAAGGAGCUGGCGGCCAGGGGCCAUGAGAUGGUGGUGCUGGUCCCUGAGACGUCCAUCCUCAUCCAGGGCUCUGACUACUACAGGACUGAGACUUUUAGGGUCCCUUACAGCAAGGCACAGCUGGACGAGAGCGUCAACAAACUGAAGGACGGCGUGUUUCUCAAGAUGCCGGAGGCAAUGGAUAUAUUUGUGAGCGUGCAGCAUCUGGUUGACUUCACCACCAUGCAGGUGAAAGGCUGUGAGGGUCUGCUGUAUGAUGAACCCCUGAUGCAGCGCCUCAGAGGAGAAGGGUUCCAGCUGAUGUUGACGGAUCCCUUCCUACCCUGUGGAUCCAUCAUUGCUGACUCCUUCAACAUCUCAGCAGUGUACUUCCUGAGGGGGAUCCCCUGUGGGCUGGAUGACAGGGCUGCCCAGUGCCCCACUCCCCCCUCCUAUGUACCACGCUUCCACUCAGGCAACACUGACCACAUGGACUUCCUAGGGAGGUUGAAGAACAUGAUGAUGUACAGUCUGGAGAGCUACCUGUGUUCAUUCAUGUUUGCCAGCUUUGACAAGCUGACCAGUAGGUAUCUGGAGAAAGACAUGACAUACAGGGAGCUGCUGGGAAACGGUGCUAUCUGGCUGCUGAGGUAUGACUACACCUUUGAAUAUCCCAAACCCAGGAUGCCCAACAUGGUCACCAUAGGAGGCAUCAACUGUGGUAAAAGAGCUCCGCUGCCACCGGACCUGCAGGAGUUUGUGGAUGAGUCAGGAGAGGAUGGCUUCGUGGUCUUCACCCUGGGCUCUUUGGUCUCCCAGAUGCCAGAGGAGAGAGCCAAGCAGUUCUUUGAUGCCUUCAGCAGGAUCCCUCAGAGGGUUCUGUGGAGGUACACAGGGGUGGUGCCUGAGAAUGCUCCAGCCAACGUCAGAGUGAUGAAGUGGCUUCCUCAGAAUGAUUUACUGGGCCACCCCAAGGUCAAGGCCUUCAUCACCCACGGAGGAACCCACGGUAUUUACGAGGGGAUCUGUAACGGCGUUCCCAUGGUGAUGCUGCCAUUGUUUGGUGAUCAGGGUGACAACGUACACCGCAUGGCAGUGAGGGGAGUAGGGGAGGUGCUCAGUGUGUUCGACGUCACCUCAGACAAACUGGUGGAGGCCCUCAACAAGGUCAUCAAUGACAAGAGUUACAAGCAGAAGAUGCUACAGCUGUCAACGGUGCAUAAGGACCGUCCCAUUGAGCCGUUGGACCUGGCCGUGUUCUGGACAGAGUUUGUGAUGCGCCAUGGAGGAGCCGACCACCUGAGACCUGCUGCUCACGACCUGAACUGGAUCCAGUACCACAGUCUGGACGUGUUCGCUCUGCUACUUACUAUAAUUCUCACUGUUGUCAUGGUCACCGUUAAAUGCUGCAUUGUCUGCUCCCGCAAGUGCUGUGGAAUGAUUUGGACAAUGAAGAUAAAGAGUGAGUGAAUGUCCUUCUUGUGGCUUAGGCUGGGAUUCAAUCCGAAGCUGGUUGUAGUGCACGGUCACCAAUAAUGUGCCUUUUACAGGCAAUGUUUCCGUGUUUGCUGUGAUCGCAUUCACGUUAUAUGCUGCAGAUAUCAACUCAAAUUAUCUUCAAAUGUUAAGCGACCUACAAAGCUAUGCUUGAAUACCAGCCAAGCCUUAAGGCACUAGAGUCCAGUGAAGCUAUACUGCCACCUCUAGGGCCUGUGUGUAUAACAGGGAGGAUAUACUGUAGGCUACUGUAGGUUGAAGUAAAGGAACACCAAAAAAACGACUCAGUAAACCCACACCUGGGUUUGUAUAGUGUGAGUGAAGGGUUUGUGUGUCGUGGGGGGAGCUUACAUCAUGUUUGAUAUCUCAGGAUAAUGUCAAAGUAACUUCAUGCAUCUGUUAUCAAUAAGGCCUGAAUCCAGCAAGACACAAGUCCCAUUUCUCAGACACUGUGCCUUUGGAAGAGUAUGGCCUAGAUGAAAUCUGUAUUGUGGAAGAUCAGUGCAAUAGCGCGAUUGCCAUUUAAAAACAAUGUUCCUGCAUUUGCGGAGACUGCGUUCACACGUGUCUCAAUCGGAAAUGUUAAUUGCAUUAUAACGCAGCUCUUCCGCGAUAUGGUUGAAUCUAGACAUGACUCAAACUGUUGGCCUUUCUAGUUCAGCCUGUCGUGCUGAUUCAAUAUCCUGUUAAAAGGCACAUUUUAAUAAAAAGUUGUCCCUUUUCAUUGCCGUUAGAAUGAGGAAAUAACUUUCCAAUGAGCACUUGAACACAGCCAAAUAGAGAACUACAUUACCCAUGAGAGAUGAGAAACCGGAAAUAACCACAGCUGGCUGUUCGGCGAGUAGACGACAGUAAAUUAAAAUAUCAUGCCACUUUGUUACCGUACGAAUAGGCUAUAGUAAAUUAAAAUAUCAUAUCACUUUUUGUUAUCUCUGCAGGAGACUUGCUAACUGUACAUUUACGUAGUUUAGCCGCCACUCUUAUCUAGUGCGACUUACAGUAGUGAGUGCACACAUUUUUCAUACUAGUGCCCCGUAGGAAACAAACCCACAAUCCUGGCGUUACAAGCACCAUGCGCUACCAACUGAGCCACAUUACCCUACGCAAACCAAUAAUAGGUCUGUGGAAAUAGCCAACAGUUUUGAUUGUUAGAAAAUGUAUGAUUCUACCAGGAUGCAUCUGGAGGAUAAAAAUGACAACUCCACCCGACGAGUUUAUUAGCUUGACUGACUUCACGAGCUGCGGUACUACCAAACUUUCUGAUUGAUUUUAUCAAGUAGUGUAGUUUACCAUUGAAAGAAGUUGUCACAGUUCUACUCAGCGUAAGGGGUGGCUCUCCUGUAAGCACCAAUGCAAUAGCAGCUGGGUCUGGUCUACUUAGUUCAUUGACCGUAUAUGAACCAGAAAAAAAAAUGCCAUUGAUCCUGCCACAAAAUAAAACACUUACGAAACCCGUAA